AUGACGUCGUCCUCGCUUCUUCUGGUUCCACCGAAGCCACUUCCAGCGUCUCUGAUGCAAAACGAAACGCUCUCGACUGGGUGUUCAAAUCUCGACCAAAUACUGAGAGGCGGCGUGAAGACGAAAUCGAUGACGGAGUUCAUCGGAGAGAACGGGAGCGGGAAGACGCAGUUGUGCUUGCAGCUGUUGCUAGAGACGGUGUCAGGUCGUCGUCGUUUUGGAGACGAUGAUGAUGAUGAUGAUGAUGAUGAUGACGAUGAUGGCGGUUUCAGCGCGGUGUACGUGACGACGGAAGGACAGUUCCCGGUGGAACGGUUGCGAGAGAUAUGGAGGGAGCGGCGUAAGAUACAGCGGAGAAGGCAGUGGGAGAAGGAGAAAAGUAACGACAAGAAUAACAACCCCGGUGUUCGGGAGGAGGAGGACGCGCAAAGGAGGAGAAGAAAAGAAGAAGAACGAGAAGACGAGGAUGACGAGAAGAGAAUGUUGGAUUCAAUUUACGUGUUCCAAGCGAUGGGAAAUGCGGAGAAUUGUUGGGAGGUUUUGCGGUCCGUUUCUACAGUUUUAUGUAGCACAGAGAGUCGCAGUAGUGGUGGUGAUGGUAGUAAUAGUAACAGGAGGAGCAAAAAGAAGAAGAGGAAGGAGAAGAAUGGCGGUGAAGAUGAAGAAGAUGAAGAAGAAAGAGAGAUUCGUCGGAAACCGGUUAAAUUGAUCGUCAUUGACUCGCUCACCGCACCGUUUAGGGAGGAUUUAGAGGAAGACGACAGAGGCAAAAGCGAAAAGCAGCGAAACGCGCAACGGGUAAUUCUUCGAGCGCAGUUUUUAUACAGGAUUACGCACUUGUUGAAAGAGUUUGCGUGGAAACACGAUUUGGCCGUCGUGGUGACCAAUCACGUGGUGGAUUCUUUCGACGACGACGAUGAUAACAGCAUUGCUUUUAGAAACAAUAUCAACGUCGCGACGAAAAAGAAGGAAAACAUCGCGGACGUCUUGCGCGCUUCCAACGACGACGCGCGAAACGCGAACGAUCACCGCGGCUUUCAAUCCAAACACCAGCGAGAACGUGCGCAAGGAGAAGAAAAAAAUACCGAAGAAAACGAAGACACCGAUUGCUACGGCAAACGCGCCUUCCCGAAACGCUUCUUUACCUCCAACCGUUUCGUCAAGCCUGGUUUAGGCUUAGCCUGGGCAAACUGUCCAAACUCGAGCGUCUUUCUCACCCGUGACGACAACGGCACGGACGGAGGAGGAGGAGGAGGAGGAGGAGGAGGAGGAGGAGGAGGAGGAGGAGGAGGAGGAGGAGGAAACAGUUUUCUUCGUCUUCGCCGCCGCCGCCGAGCGGACGCGUUCCGCUCGCCCUUCGCCGAGGCGCGAUCCUGUGCGUUUCGCAUCGAAACGGAAGGCAUCGUAAACGACGAAGACGACGACGAGUCAGGAGUUGUGAUAGAUAGACAGGUAGAUAGAUAG